GUGUCACAUGGAAGCACAGUAGCUGAGCCGAGGGGAUGCGAGUACAGAUGGAAGGGGCUUGAGGGAUUGUGGAGGAGAAAACCUGGAGAUAACACUGGAGAAAGCGGCAGCAGCGGCAGCAGCAGCAGCAGCAGCGGCGGCGGCGGCGGCGGCAGCAGCACACGAGCAGGUUAGACACUUCCCAGCCUCCCUUCUGGCUGGGGAGCAGAGGCGCGCGGACGGGGCGCACAAGCGGGUCAGCGGGCGCUUAAAGGAUGUCACAUGCAAUAUGCUGCAUUCCUGUUUUCUGAAGCCCAAGAAAGCCAAGUUCUCGCCUUUGAUUGAUUAUGCUCGCGGGGAGCGCCUGGUCCGAGGGGAAGCAGAAACUAAAUGAAGCGACCAGGGUUGAUGCUGCGCCUCCCAAAAUCUCUGAGCUGAAUCCCAGUGAGACCGUGGUACUUCCCUGCGUGGAUGAGUUGUAAGGGUGUGAGUGUGAGUGUGUGUGAGAGCAAGUGAGCGUCAGCGCUCCCACAUGGCCUCCAUGCAGGACGGGCUGAACUUCACGGCUCCUCCCUACGGCAAGGUCCUGCUGCUGGGUGCUAUCGCUGCUGCCUCAGCCUUUGUUGUUACUAUCCUCAUCGUGGUGCUCUGCGUGGGCUGCCAGAGGAAGGGGAAGACACACAAUGUUCCCGGCGAGGGUGGAAAACACCGUCUCAUGGACAUGGGUAUACUCAGGCAGUCGAAGCUGCGCUCCAUCAGUAAAUCAGACACUGAGAUGAACAAGAUGAACUGCAAUGGCAAAAGCAGGCAGCUUCCCCAGAUCCCCUCCGGGACUGGAGAGGACGGAGAGCACACUUACUCUGAAGUGGGCCGAAGCUCUUCCACCACACGUACUGACGAUGCCCUGUACGCCAUGGUAGGCAGGGCCGGGCAGACGGACACCCCGGCCCCUCCGGCAGUCCCCGCCAACACCCCGGCGCCCCCAGACCCAGACGGCGACGUGGAAGGAGGGCUACCCGAACCCGAGGCCCAGGUCAUGUCUCCCCCUCACCCUCCGGAGACGGCCGAGUACGCGUGCGUCAGGAAGCUGAGGAAGGCCGACAAGGCACCCCAAAAGAGGGACAGCGGGACGGAUAUGGUGGAGCCGCCGGUGCCGCCUCCACGACACGCCCCGCCGUCACAUCCCGCCCCUCCUCCGCCGCACCCCCAUAGCACAAAGUUGCCCCGUAGAAAUGUGGAUGCCUUCAACGUCCCUGCGUUCCCAAAGCACUUUCAGCUGCAUCUCAUCUCCAUGACAACUGGGCAAACUCCAUACGCUGAUGAAGACCAUGAGAUGCAGUUGAAAGUGGAAAAGCUAGAAGUGAUGUUCAUGGGCAACGGAGAGCAGUACAUCUGGAAGCCUCCAGAGGAGGAGGAGAUCAUGCACCAAACUAAAGCCCUGGGACCACUAAGUGCUCACACAGUGGAGAAUAUACAACCGGCUGCCACUGUGGUGGCGGAGAUGUACUCCAAGGUGUGUAAACCAGGAAAGAAGAAGAGAGCCGUGCCAGGGUCUCCUCCAGCCAAUCCUGGCUUCCGGACCUUGGGUCGCGGAGACCGGGACCGAGACCGGGACGGGGGGUUUAGUGUGGUGGUCAAACCCCAGACGUGGGCCCUUCAAGAGGGCAAAGCAGUGGGAGGGCCCCUGGUAGACCACUGCUACGAGUCCAUCGGGACAGAGGAGUGCGAUCUGGCCUAUGAGAACAUGGAAGGUGGCGGCGCCUGGAAGCGAGAGAGGCCCCCCAACACGUGUGCCACCCUGCGGCCGAGGAGGAAGAAAGCCCAGCAGCCCUUGCAGCAGCAGCAGCCCCCUCCCCCGCCGCCCACACAGCAGACCCCCAAGUUACAGCACCUGCCCGCCAAAGCCCUGCUGCUGCCGGGGGAGAACCUGUACGAGAGCAUCGGCGACCUGAAGCAGGGCUCCGCCACCUCCAGCACCACCACCAUCUUCACUUUCAACGACGGCAUGGAGAUGUACGUGACAGGGCUCUGAGGCGGCGGCUGCACUGUGACCCCUAUCCUUCCACACAAGGAGCUGAGCUAACACCACAAGGAGUGACGGCUGAGCCCCUGUCAUGCUCACCCAUGCAUACUGUUUACAUUCAAGUCAUAACGUCAUGCCUCUCACAGGCCCACGAGGCCUCGGGGCAAUAAUGUUGAUCUGUUAUGACCUGGGCUGAACACAAAGUCCAAUCUAAAAACCUUAUAAGGAAUCCAAAGGUAGUGAAUAAUAAAUGAGCACAAGACCAUCGCAGAGCAGUCUGCAGGUAACAGUAGCACUUCUAUUUUACUGAUACAUAUGUGCAAAGCACAAUAAAGUAAAAAAAGCCUAAAUUCUUCCUCAAUUCUAGCGGGUAAAAAUAGUCCUAGCAGGACUCUUAUCAGGGGAAAAAGGCACAGCGUUGUGUGUAAUCUUUUGGUAGCACUUAUCAUGAACAGGCCUUCCCUGUAGUUGGUCAAGAUGUGAUUCAGGACGGAAUUAAAAUGAUAUAAAGGAAUGAAUUACUAAUCAAAAUUCUUGAACGCUCAGGGACCGAGAGAAACAAUUAUGAGAGUAUUAUAAUAAAAACUGCACACAUUUUGCAUUCCUCCUAAAAGCUUCGACUAAUUUAGACUAUCAUUAUGUUGACAAACCGACCAGAUACUUCCCUCCGUCAUGUUUCAUCUUACAUGGACUGAACACUGUCUCCACUGCCGUCUGUAAAUGAAGUGUUUUACUUUGUUGAUCCUGUUUCUGCACUUUGCCUGCUACAAGUUGCAUGCUAAAAAAAAAAGGGAAAAAACUAAACAAAAAAUCAAGCACUGUCGUGUGGUAUCUCUAUAUGAAUGUUUUUUUUUUUCUAUUGUCGUUGGUUGUUAAUUUUUAUUUUUUUUGUGUGUGUUGCUUUAUUAUUCUGUAGCGCUCAAAGCCAGUUAGAUUAAGGAUGUCUUUGGCUCAGUGGGACUCUGUGCAGCAGAGAGGAGAGGUUAUUUUCUCUCACCACACACACAGUACAGAUGAAACAAGACUAAAGAGGACUGCUCGAGUCCAAAAGUUGGAGACAGCCCACUCAACCCCCCCCCCCCACACACACACUCACACACACCCCUCUCUGCUCAGUCCUCACUGACAUCUGUCGCUGCCUUGUGGUCAUAUGAAUCUGCUUGGGUUUCACCAUAGUGCAGCUUGGAAAGUAGAACUGAUGUGUAUUAGCAAACGCCAUGUCCCAUCAUCACUCCCUCCUCUCUCUGUUAUCAGUGUUAAAAAUAUUGCAGAAAAGACAAAAAUUGUGAAGCAAAUGGUUUUGCUUAGCGGCAGAGCAUCACCCCGAGGAGAACACGCUCAUAAAAUUUACACCCAAAUCCUGGACAAUAACGAUGAUUUCAUUUGACCAAAUAUCCCCAUCAAACAAUGUGAUUAUACUGUAUGUUGAUGCAAUGUGUAUGUACAUUACAAAAGAGAAAGACUAAUAAAUAUAUCAUCAGUGUCAAGAAA